GUCGUAGCAUCUCGAGAUAGUUUUCCUCUCACCAUCCUCAAAUUCUUUGAACCUUUUCUCUCUCUUUCUCUUCUGAAGCUCCUCUCUCACUCACUCUUCUUUAAGGAAGAAGAAAAAAGAGUAAAAAUGGCAGUUCCUAAAGCCAUUAUUCUACCUAUCUUGCUACUCAUCUGUGGUGCUGCUCUUGGAGCUCCUGCUUAUGAAGGGUACCUUCGUAAUGGAAACUUUGAAGAGUCACCAAAGAAAACCGACAUGAAAAAAACAGUUCUCAUCGGCAAAACCGCCUUGCCCGAAUGGGAAACCACCGGUUUCGUCGAGUACAUCGCCGGUGGUCCUCAACCGGGAGGUAUGUAUUUCCCCGUCGCUCACGGUGUUCACGCCGUGAGGCUCGGAAACGAAGCCACGAUCUCUCAGAAGCUAGAAGUCAAACCAGGUUCUCUCUACGCCCUCACGUUCGGUGCGUCGAGAACUUGUGCGCAAGACGAGGUUCUUAGAGUCUCUGUUCCUCCUCAGUCCGGUGACUUGCCGCUUCAGACACUUUACAAUAGCUUCGGAGGUGACGUGUACGCUUGGGCCUUCGUUGCCAAGACUUCUCAAGUUACUGUGACUUUCCAUAAUCCUGGAGUUCAAGAAGAUCCUGCUUGUGGUCCUUUGUUGGACGCUGUCGCCAUCAAAGAGCUUGUUCAUCCAUUGUACAUCAAAGGGAACUUGGUGAAGAACGGAGGGUUCGAAGAAGGUCCUCACCGUCUUGUGAACUCUACACAAGGAGUCCUUCUCCCACCUAAACAAGAAGAUUUCACAUCACCUUUACCUGGUUGGAUCAUUGAGUCACUUAAGGCAGUGAAAUUCAUAGACUCUAAGUACUUCAAUGUCCCCUUUGGACAAGCUGCGAUCGAGCUAGUUGCAGGCAAAGAAAGUGCCAUUGCACAAGUCAUUAGAACUUCGCCUGGUCAAACCUACACCCUCUCCUUUGUUGUUGGAGAUGCUAAGAAUGACUGCCAUGGAUCCAUGAUGGUUGAAGCUUUUGCAGCCAGAGAUACACUCAAAGUGCCACACACUUCCGUUGGUGGAGGUCAUGUUAAGACUGCCAAGUUCAAUUUCAAGGCGGUCGAGGCAAGAACUAGAAUUACUUUCUUCAGUGGUUAUUACCAUACCAAGAAGACUGAUAUUGGAUCUCUUUGCGGUCCUGUCAUUGAUCAGAUUGUGGUUACUCAUUUGGCUUAGAUCGAGUUUACUCUUUUUAUCACGACUGCAUCUUGUGUUCUUUGCUCCUUUUGGAAUUAAGUGAUAGCCUUCAAGUUAAAAUGGAUAAUGAUAUAUCCCAUUAUUGUAAUAUGAAAUGUUUUGAGUUAAACCAAGAGUAAUAGUAAUUAAUAACAAAAAAUUAGAAGGUA